UCUCACUUUCCAUCACAAGAUCCAUACAGGGGAGAAGCCAUGAAUGCAUGGAGUGUGGGAAAGCCUUUGCUUACAGGAGUAAGCUUGUGAACCAUAAAAGGACCCAUACAGGCGAGAGACCAUAUAAAUGCAUGGAGUGUGGAGAGAGUUUUGCUGCGAAGAAUUAUCUCACUUUCCAUCACAAGAUCCAUACAGGGAAGAAGCCAUAUGAAUGCAUGGAGUGUGGAGAGAGUUUUGCUGCGAAGAAUUAUCUCACUUUCCAUCACAAGAUCCAUACAGGGGAGAAGCCAUAUGAAUGCAUGGAGUGUGGGAAGGCCUUUAUUCAAAAGAGUAAACUUACUACCCAUAAAAGGAUCCACACAGGGGAGAAGCCAUACAAAUGCGCAGAGUGUGGAAAGACCUUUGCUCAGAGCUACAAUCUUACUUCCCAUAAAAGGAUCCACACCGGGGAGAAGCCAUAUAAAUGUGCAGAGUGUGGAAAGGACUUUGCUCAUAGCAGUAGUCUUAUUUCCCAUAAAAAGAUCCACACAGGUGAAAAGCCAUAUAGUUGCAAAGAAUGUGGAAAGUGUCUGAAAACAAAACGUUCCCUUAUACACCAUGAAAUGACCCACACAAGCCAGAAGGCAUUUAUAUGUGUGCAAUGUGGAAAGGGCUUUCGGAGGAAUUGUGAUCUUACCAUCCAUAACAGGGUCCACACAGGGGAGAAGCCAUAUAAAUGCACGGAGUGUGGAAAGACCUUUGCUCAGACCAGUGGGCUUAUUUCCCAUAAAAGAAUCCACACCGGGGAGAAGCCAUAUGAAUGUUUGGAGUGUGGAAAGAGAUUCAGUCGGAGUGAUCGUCUUACUUAUCAUAAAAGGAUUCACACAGGAGAUGCCAUAUAAUUUUGUGGAAUAUGGAAAGGGUUUCUACAAAAAUUGAUCACUGAUGUUACAUAAAAGUAUCCACACAGUAAAAAAGCCUUAGAUAAGCAUGGAGUUUGGAAAGACCUUUACUCAGACCAGUCAUCUUACUUCCCAUACAAGGAUCCACAUGGGAGAAGGUAUAAAAAUGUAUGGAGUGUGGAAAGGGCUCCAGUCAUAAUAGUUCCCUUACAUAUCAUAAAGGAUCUAUACAAAACAGAAAUUAUAUGAGUAACUUGGAAAGAGCUUCAGGAAAAGUAAUGACCUAAUUUUUCAAUAAAUAUAUUUGUGUGAGAAUC